AUGGAUGAAUUGCCAGACUACCCUUUGUUUGCUACCACGGCCUCGCAGACAAUCAUUGACCCUUUCCUAGCCGCCAUCGGUCAGCAUGCCAGAAAGUUCACGUCCGUGAAUGCUAGUUUAAGUUUAAUAAUCGAGCCGAUCAGCGACCAUUUUUGUGAUUCCCUGUUGAGCGAGCGGAAAGGUUCCAACUUGAACACUGUCAGCAAGACAAAUCUACAGCAAUAUGCAGCUCGAUGCUCGGUUUGCUCGUUCCUAUCGCAAGCCAUAGAUGCUUACUUGACUGGCACCCAUCGGGAAAAUGCUCACAUCACUCAACUUGGUGGAUAUCCACAUGACACGUUCUUUGUAUCUGGACUGAGUUCAGAGGAUGCUUCAAUAUGCCUCAGUGAUUCAUUCUACUUUUUUACACCAUCUGAUUUCUCCAUCAUCAAAGACCUCCCAUUCAGAGCACUUUGCGACGUCGCACCUAUCUCAGAAGAUACCUCAUCAGAUACAAGUCUUUACUGGGCCAAGCGCCAGAUCGCCACGUGCGAUCUUGGGCACAAUUGCCUAUCGAGCACACAAGGCUCUCCACUUCCCACUCGUGUACUGGAUGUAUCUCUCCGAGAUACUGAAAAGUCCAUACGACUGCUGACCACGGCACGCCAGCGUGAGCGCUACGUCUGUCUCAGUCAUUGUUGGGGUGAGCAAGCUUCAAUAGCAAAGACGACCCGCCAAUCAUUCAGUGCACACACUAAAAACAUCACCCUCGGCGAAUUACCGAAAACAUUUCAAGAUGCCAUAGAUAUAACACGACGUCUAGGGAUAGACUAUCUUUGGAUCGACUCUCUCUGUAUCAUCCAAGACAGCGAGGAAGAUUGGGAAAACGAAGCGUCCCGCAUGGCCGACAUCUACGAGGGCGCGUAUUUGACUAUUGCUGCCACUGCCUCGAAGAAUGGAGACGAAGGUUGUUAUCGGUCCAAUCCACCAGCCAUUCGCGAAAUGGACUUUUCUUAUACCACGGAAACCGGUUUGCAGACGAGAAUUCACUGCCGCCAAUUUUACCAACAUUUUGACUUGAAUAUGGCCGUUCCACCUAAAGAGACUCUCAAUGAAUUCCCAUUGCUGGGUCGAGGCUGGAUAUUUCAAGAACGCUUUCUCUCCCCACGCGUGCUGCAUUUUUGCAAUUUCGAACUGGCCUUUGAGUGUCGAGAUGGUGGUCGAUGUCAGUGCAAAGAAGAGAGAUAUGGUCAUGGAUUCAAGGAGGAUCUAAUGCGUCUCUUUGCACAAGGCCCUAGCUCGGAGACCUUUCAAGUUAGGAAAGGCUGGUGGGCCGUCGUGCGUCGGUACACGAGGCUGAGGCUCACGUACGACAAGGAUCUCCUGACCGCUCUCUCGGGCAUAUCUAGACGCGUUGGUGCCAGCAAGCCAGCAGGUGACUACGUGGCAGGAAUUUGGAAGAGCCUUUUGCCUUAUGGCCUCUUGUGGUAUGCCUCUCCCACGCCGCAAGACUCUUUCAAACGGACAGACGCUCCUCGAGCACCAUCGUGGUCGUGGGCGUCCAUAAUUGCCCCUAUUUCAUGGUCAUUGCCACACCAUCUGAGUGGCGAAAAGCCUCUCGCAACGAUAAACGAUAUCAACUGCGAAGUGUCUGGACACGACGUGUAUGGACAGGCCCAUGGAGGCGUCCUCGUCAUCACGGGUCCCACCUUGACCUCGAAUUUACGCUGGCAGAAGGGUUCCCUGGUGUCUCCUGGCAACCACCCAGACGACUAUGGAUUUCACUUUUCCGACAUUUCUAAUGAUAUUACCCUACAGUUCUCUCCCGACUUUCCAUUCUUUGCGAAUGAAAUAGGCCACUGUGCAGUGUUGUGUCUCUGGGUUGUGCAGAGCACCAUCCUCGUGCUCAGACCCUUGGAGGAAACAGGGGUUUUCGAACGGAUCGGGCUUCGGCAGCUUAGUAUUUUCAAUGAUGAGUCGUGGGAGAUAGCGCACGAAACUCUCGAGAGAAGUACUCUAAUGACUGUCAAGAUUGUCUAA